CAAGAGUGCUAUUCGAAGCAGCCAGCAGUCAGUCAAUGGGGUUGGCGUUCUCGCAACUAUCGAGGACUGCUCAAAGAUGAUCCCUACACAAGACAUGGACAAUAGGACAGAAUAUUACAACAUCUAUGGGGCAUACUUUGCCCCCUUAAGGUCAGGGGGCGAACGAAUGUUGGGCGAGGGACUGACUGGUGAGGAUCUGGCUAUGAUACCAGAGCACUGGUUCAAGUACCCAGAGCCACCAGCUAGUGCACACACAGCUCUAUGUCUUCUCUACUGCUUCUUUACAGCGGCGGCUCUUAUUGGAAAUGGAAUGGUUAUUUUUAUUUUCGCCUCGACGAAAUCUCUACGAACAGCUAGCAACCUUUUGAUUUUAAAUCUAGCAAUAUUCGACUUCAUUAUGAUGCUCAAAGCACCCAUUUUCAUAUAUAACAGCGCUAUGCGAGGAUUUGCAGCAGGUGCCCUUUGGUGCAAAAUAUUUGCAGUUAUGGGAUCCUAUAGCGGCAUCGGUGCUGCAAUGACUAACGCUUGCAUCGCUUAUGACAGGCAUUCAACAAUCACAAGACCUCUUGAUGGACGGCUAUCCAGAGGAAAAGUGGUACUAAUGAUAAUUUGUAUAUGGAUAUACACGACACCCUGGUCUUUGAUGCCACUGUUUAGAGUUUGGGGUAGAUUUGUACCCGAGGGCUACCUAACAUCUUGCACGUUCGACUACCUUACCAACUCCUUCGACAACAAGUUAUUCGUGGGCUGUAUAUUCACUUGUAGUUACGUUUUCCCGAUGUUGUGUAUUAUCUACUUCUACAGCGGUAUUGUGAAACAAGUAUUCGCUCACGAAGCAGCGUUAAGGGAACAAGCAAAGAAAAUGAAUGUAGAGUCAUUGCGCUCUAAUCAAAAUGCAGGUGCAGAAUCUGCUGAGAUACGAAUCGCAAAAGCUGCAUUGACUGUCUGUUUCCUAUUUGUCGCUUCCUGGACACCAUAUGGCGUAAUGUCGCUCAUUGGAGCAUUCGGCGACCAGGAAUUGCUGACUCCUGGGGUAUUCGAUAAUUUUAUUUUAUCUUUUAAUAGUUCAACACAAUAUUUAUGCUUUUGUGAAGAAUCGUAUUUAUUAAAUUAUAUUGAGUCUUUAGGUUCACCUAGAGGCUCUGGAAUAUCUUCAGUUGCUAAAGGUGGAGGCAAAGGGACAUCUAAAGGAGGCGGAGGUGGCUUGGGAAGAUCAUCUGGGGGUGGACAAGGCGGUAAUGGAGGUGUGGCGCAACAGAGCGUGUCUGGAAGCAGGCGUGGUGGUGAAACGCCACUUGCGUCUAUCAGGCCGAUGGCACAAGUCGGUCCAACAGCGCCGCACGAUGCGCAUACAACUGAAUAUAUGCCCGCAUCUUCCUCGCGACCACUUACGCGUGCUGCUCUUGCUGCUUCUACAGCACCGCCAGAAUCGACGCAAGAUAUGGACACCAGUGAGGCUGGAAUGGGCAGUUCAGGCUCCAGUGAUAGCACAACACAAUCCACGACACAUUCCCAAACUCCUCAGCAGGCGGUCGCUCUUGUGCUACCGCGUAUCGAGCAGCCCAGUGGCGCUAGUUCGGGGUCGCUGAGCGCUGCAAGCUCACCCGCCGCAGCUGCUGCGCCUACACAGCCAACUCUUUCAGCUCCAGCUCCAGCGAGCGCAGUAAGCGCUGCAACAGCGGGUACCGGUCAAGCGUCGAGUGUGAGCACUUCGCACGCGACCGCCGUGGUGAGCACGUCGCACGCGGCCCCCGUUGGCACUUCGCACUCGGCGCCCAUGGUCACCACGUCGCACACUGCGCUCGGCGUCAGCACGUCGCACUCCGGCGCCGGAGUCAGCACGUCGCACGUGGCUCCGGGCGUCAGCACGUCGCACGUGGCGCCGGGCGUCAGCACGUCGCACGUGGCGCCUGGCGUCAGCACGUCCCACGCGCCGCCCGGUGUUAGCACUUCGCACCCGCCGCCCGACGCUCGCCCGCAAAAGCGACGCCUUCAAGCCAGACCGGUCACGGCUAAACGGACGAGAGUACAAGGUUUCGAAAGAUCAGUGGAGGUUGAAUAUCAAGUGCCAACGUCGUCUCGCUGCGAUCAAGAUGAUGAAGGGGUGAUCGUCGUUGACUCUGAAGAGGAUGAUGAAAGAUGUUCCGGGACUAUGUACAGGGAAGGUGAGGAAGAUGAAGAAGAUAUGGAUGAAGAACAAGAAGUUGAGGGUGGUGAAGAGGAAGAAGAAGUAGAAGGGGAUGAUGGAAAUAAUGACAAUAGACAGGAGUCACCGGCGCAGUCCCCGGAGGCGGGGUCGGGCGGCGAGGCAGGGUCGGGCGGCGGCUCGGAGGGCGCGGACGAGGCGGCGCGCGAGGCGGACAGCGAGCCCGCGCCCGCGCACCAGCAGAUCGAGGCCAUCAGCAGCGGCACCGAGCCGAGUGGUGCGCUGUCAAUUGGAGGUAACGGCGGUGAUGACGGAGACGACAGCAUUGUACCUUCAACACCAACAUUAUAUGUGCCAAGACGAAAUGAUGGGUAAAUGCUGUUUGAGAAUUAUGUUCACAUCUUUGAAUACACAAAUAACUGUA